AUGGAUAAUAACAGUAGAUUUAACCGCAGACGCAGAGUCAGUGGAAUGAUUGCCGAUCUUUUCUUUCUUUCCCUCAUAGGUGCAAAUAUUUACAAUAUAUAUUAAGAUCAGGAGUAUUGGAAGUAAUCUCCAGAGCCGCUCUAUAUAUUCUUAAUCUUGCAGUUGAUUCUAAAAAUACUUUUAAUUAGAGUCCCUAUGACACACUUAAGGCCUAAAACUAUGGAUAUAAUAAUCAUUGCAUUAAUUUUUUGUCUGUUGGGCUCAACAAUCUCAGGUUUAGUAUGGUUUAUUAAGAUUAAAAAUGAGGAUGCGGAGUUCUUAACCACAUAAUACAUGACUCAAACUAUCCUACUACUCGCAAUCCCUAUUCUUGUAGCUAUUCUCUUUUUAGUAAUACUUUGCGUUGGUAUAUGCUUAUUCAUAUUAGACAUGAGAAGAAGGAAUAGAUUCCGUAGAUUCCAAGAUGAUGAGGAGGUAUUUGACCAGCAAUAAAUUGAGGUGAUAGUAGAGACCUACAUGCAAAUGCUUGACUACUAGCAAUAUAACAAAGUCGAAGCUAAAUAUAAUGAUUGUGCUAUAUGUUUAAAGGAUUUUGAACAAGGAGAAAGCUUGAGUCAAAUACCUAACUGUGAGCACAUCUUUCACGAGUCAUGCUUAAGGAAAUGGUUUAGAUAAUUGUAAAUUUGCCCAAUGUGCAGAGGGAAUAUUAUCAAGAUGCCUGGUGAAAGAAGAUCUAAUUUACAGAAUAAUCAUGAUCAAAGCAUAAGACGUUUAGAGGAUGCUAGAUAAAGUAAUUUAAGAGUUGAAUAGAUACAAUAGUAGGUUAAUUAAAACAGUAUGAUAGAACAGUAGGAAUAAUAAAAUUUAAGAUUGUCUUAAUAGGAGAUCCAAUAGAAUUAAGAGUCUUAAGAGGAAAGAAUAAGGUCUGUGAUUGUAUCAGAUGCAUAGAAUCUUCCUGUUCAGUAAAAUAAUUAACAUGAAUGA